CACACACACACACACACAAUACUGCAGCAGCUCUAGCGCCGGCACAGUGCGCAGUGCAGCCGGCGGAUUGCAAGCAGAGACUUUCAUCAGCAGAGCAAGAAGAGGGGUGCAGGCAAGGACGCUGCUCGACUGACCAGUCCGCAUCAAACGGGAUUACAAACUGCUGAAAAAUGCUUGACACCAUCAACAGCCAAUAUGAUUCGUUCCUUUUCUGGAGGCAGCCAAUCCCUGAGCUGGACCUGUUGGAGCUGGAGGGGCUGGGAUUGGGCGGCGGCACGUCACUCAAAGGCGGGCAGGGCGGGCUGAAGAAGAAGAAGGAAUCCCAGAAUUCCGGGCAGGAUGAAGACAACCUGCUGGAAUUCAACACUUUCAACUACUGGAGAGCUCCGAUCGCCAGCAUCGAGCCCCUAGACUUUGAGCUCCUCUGAGCUUUCCACGCAGCCCCCCCCCCCCCCCCCCCCCCCCA